AGGAGUUUUUCUCUUAAUUUUUGCCAUCCCUCCAAAUUGUACAUGAGAGAGUGAAGAAAAGAGAAAGAAUAUAAUCCAUAAAAUGAAUAACACUUUAUCGGACUACGGCGACAACCCAAUUGGCGACACCACCCUCGGCGGCUUUGGGUACGGCGUGGGGCUGUCGAUCGCUAUCCUCGUCGUCUUCGUCGUCAUCACAUACUUCUCCUACAAGUGCAAGAAAUCACAAGGAGAAUCGGCCCCCCUCCGCCGCCCCUCCGACAACAUCCACAUCGUCAUCCAACGUGACGGCUUCGACGCAGCCGCCAUCUCCGCCUUCCCGCUCUACACCUACGCGCAGCUGAUCAAGCCCCACAAAUGCGGCGGCUGCGCGGUGUGCCUGGCUGACUAUAAAGAGAGCGAGGAGGUGCGGCUGCUGCCGGAGUGCGGCCACGUGUUUCACCGGAGCUGCAUUGAUCCAUGGCUCAUGAUUCAUCCCACGUGCCCCAUCUGCCGGAACAAGCCUGCUCCACUUGCCAUUGCCAAUCAAUAAUGCUUCUUUUUCUUUAUUUCUUUAGUUGUUUGAUGAAAUGGACAACAGUCAUAGUUUUAUUUUAUCAAGUGAAACAAUUAUGUUA